ACAGUCGGUGGCGGAACACGACGGCAUCCGCGCGUCCUCCACCGCUUGUUAUGCCCGCGUGAUCAACAAGUGCGCCCCCCGUCUCUCUCGCCCCGCCAUGGGCCACGCGACCGCGACCUCUCUCCUGCUCUGCCUGCUGGCCACCGCCCGCGGCUACUCGUGGCCCGGCGAGCAAACCACCACGCGUCCGCCCGCUCGCCGGGACUUCCACACGGACCCGCUCGUGGUUGAGACCACCGGCGGUCUGGUGCGCGGCCAGUCCAAGACCGUCUUGGGACGCGAGGUGCACGUCUUCACCGGCAUCCCGUUCGCUAAACCGCCCAUCGAGCAGCUGCGCUUCAAGCGACCAGUGCCAAUCGACCCGUGGCACGGCAUCUUAGACGCUACUAAACUACCAAACUCCUGCUACCAGGAGAGGUACGAGUACUUCCCGGGGUUUGAGGGCGAGGAGAUGUGGAACCCGAACACCAACGUCUCCGAGGACUGCCUGUACCUCAACGUGUGGGUGCCGCAGCGUCUGCGCAUUCGACACCACGCUGAUAAACCCCCUUCGGAGCGCCCCAAGGUCCCCGUCCUUGUCUGGAUCUACGGCGGAGGCUACAUGAGCGGUACCGCCACUCUGGACAUCUACGACGCCGACAUUAUAGCGGCGACGAGCGAUGUCAUCGUGGCUUCUAUGCAGUACCGAGUCGGCUCCUUCGGGUUCCUCUACCUCAACAGGUACUUCCAGAGGGGCAGCGAGGAGACACCUGGUAACAUGGGGCUGUGGGACCAGAUCCUGGCGAUACGCUGGAUCAAGGAGAAUGCGGCAGCAUUCGGAGGGGACCCGGACCUGAUCACUUUGUUCGGGGAAUCGGCUGGCGGUGGUUCGGUCAGCUUGCAUCUCAUCAGUCCCGUGACCAAGGGAUUGGCUAGAAGGGGGAUCUUGCAAUCUGGUACUAUGAACGCACCUUGGAGCUACAUGACUGGGGAGAGGGCAGAACAGAUCGGGAGAAUCCUGGUGCAGGACUGCGGGUGCAACGUUUCGCUCCUCGAGGACCAUCCUCACCAGGUGAUGGACUGUAUGCGAGCGGUGGACGCGAAAACUAUUUCGCUGCAGCAAUGGAACUCGUACUCGGGUAUUUUGGGGUUUCCAUCGACGCCUACCAUAGACGGGGUGCUUCUGCCGAAACACCCCAUGGAUUUGUUAGCGGAGGGUGAUUACGAGGAUAUGGAGAUCUUGUUGGGGAGUAAUCACGACGAAGGGACAUAUUUCCUCCUCUACGAUUUCAUCGAUUUCUUCGAGAAAGACGGGCCCAGUUUUCUUCAGAGAGAGAAAUACCACGACAUCAUAGACACGAUAUUCAAGAAUAUGAGCCGGUUGGAACGCGAUGCAAUUGUCUUCCAGUAUACCAACUGGGAACAUGUCCACGAUGGUUACCUCAAUCAGAAGAUGAUAGGAGACGUAGUAGGUGACUACUUUUUCAUCUGUCCCACGAACGAUUUCGCAGAAUUAGCAGCCGAAAGGGGCAUGAAAGUGUACUACUAUUAUUUCACACAUAGGACUAGUACGUCGUUAUGGGGCGAAUGGAUGGGUGUAAUGCACGGGGAUGAAAUAGAAUACGUGUUCGGACACCCGCUCAACAUGUCCCUGCAGUUCAAUUCUCGAGAGCGAGAACUCAGUCUCAAGAUUAUGCAAGCGUUCGCCAGGUUUUCUGCUACCGGGAAACCGGUGACAGAUGACGUCAACUGGCCACUCUACACGAAAGACCAACCACAAUAUUUCAUUUUCAAUGCGGACAAGAACGGCAUAGGCAAAGGACCAAGGGCACAGGCGUGUGCCUUCUGGAACAAUUUCCUGCCCAAGCUGAGGGACAACACAGGUUCAGCCGAGGCCCCUUGCGUCAACACCUACCUGAGCAAAAUAGGAGCCUCCGGAAGCUUCAUACCUUCGUCAGGCCUCCUGCUGUUUCUAAUAUGGAUGCUGGCGCUAUUGGGAGCGCUCUAGACUAUCGGAAGAGGUUUGUAAAAGAAAAAACGUGAAAAAAAAGCAGUUGGUCCCACUUAGUAGAAGAGGAGCUUGUGGCACCCCUUUUUAGAAGAGAAAUCCGGAGUUGAUAUGAUAAUUUAGCAUAUAAGGAUGUGUGUAGUAUACGCAUUUUGUAAGAUGGAGAAAUUAUUUUUAGAUAAGAUGGUCCAACGGCCAACUAAAUAACUCGGUUCAAUGACACCAGAGCUUGAUUCUUGCUCGACCUUUCAACGAAUUCACUCUUGAAAUAUCCUAUCACAUCAAUCUAACACCCUGAUGUAUAUUUCCUAUUGAACUGUAGCUGGGUGUUUUGAUGUUCAAAAGUAACUCGACAUUUUUUUGUGCUUCAAGAAUUAUGCCAACAUUUCUUGAGAAUUCGAAAAUAUAUAUAGGGUGAUUCAGAAUUCGAUGUGACUACCUUUGGACCGACCCUGAUUUUACGUUGGAACACUGAUAGGUAAAAAACAUUAUUUCUCCCUAAACUUCUCUGUUGAGAUAUACAAGGCGAGUCAGAUGAGACCGACAAACUUCGUAUACAGAUUCUUCACCUCAUUUUGAGGUGAAGAGUUCUUAUCAUGCAUCCUUAACAGUACAAAAAAAUACAGUUUAUAUUAAUUUCUCCAGAACAUACAUGUAGCAGAAAUAUUGAAACUCGGUAUACUAUUUCUGAUUGAUCAUUGUAGAGGUUCCUGAGAUAUUUGCAAAAAUCUAAAGAUAUGUUGAGGUGAUAUUGAGAAGAGACCCAAUGUUCUACGUGCCAUAAUCGCAGAAUGCUAAUCUUUGAAUUCUGAUUGAAAACAUAGUACGGGGUGAGUGAGAAGUAGUUGGAAAAAGCUGUUUGAGAUGAUAAUUGUUGAAUAUGUGAACAAAGUUAGGCAUCACAGUUUUUUUUAUUGAACACGUAUUGAAACAUUACCUCUUCAGUUUUUCGCAAAUAUCUCAGGAACCUCUACAUUUGGGCAUGUUGAACACCAGUCUAACAUUUCAUCUGUCUAACAAGUACUAUGAAGGAAAAUGUGGCGACAUACGACUCUAACUAUACGUACUGGUUAACGAAAUCU